GGAGAUCGAAGUUCUCGGUAGCCUAAUCAUUCAGUGUGUACCUUCGUCACCGCACUUUUUUUCAUCCUCACUGAGCUGCUCGUCGCGGAAGGUGUUCUUGUCUCUACCCUCAACCCACAAGACACUUACAAGAUUCCUUCGCCAGGAGGAAGGAGAACGUAACAUAUCUUUGACAAAACAAUCAUGGCUCCAUUCUCAAAACCGGAGACCGUCCUCAAGCAGGCAGAGGGCCUCGUCUCCGUCGGGCAGACCCACGCUGCUCUCCAGUCUUUGACCGAGAUGUUCUCGUCAAAAAAGUUCCGCUCGACCCCGCUUGCGUCGCUCGAGCCUAUCAUGCUCCGAUUCAUCGAGCUCUGUGUCGAGAUGCGUAAAGGACGGACUGCAAAGGAAGGUCUGAUGCAAUACAAGAAUAUCGCUCAGAAUUCCAACGUCCAGUCAAUAGAGACUGUGAUUAACCGUUUCAUCCAACUUGCGGACGCAAAGGUUCAGGAAGCGCAGGAGAAGGCGGACAAGGCGAUUGCUUUGGACGUCGAUGAUCUCGAAGCCAGCGAGACACCGGAAAGCAUCCUCCUCGGUGCGGUCAGUGGUGACCAAACCAAGGACAGGACUGACAGGGCCCUCGUCACGCCAUGGCUCAAAUUCCUGUGGGAGAGCUACCGCACGGCUCUGGAGACAUUGAAGAAUAACGCGAGGUUAGAGACAAUAUAUCAGCAAGUUGCGCAGCAAGCUUUCAAGUUCUGCCUGAAGCACCAGCGCAAAGUCGAAUUCCGCCGUCUCUGCGAGACGCUUCGUCUACACUUGUCCAAUGUAGCGAAAUACGCCCACCAGACUCAUUCCAUCAACCUCGGCGACCCUGAGACUCUUCAACACCACCUCGACACUCGCUUUGCUCAGCUCAAUACUUCCGUCGAACUUGAGCUUUGGCAGGAAGCUUUCCGUUCGGUCGAAGAUGUACACAAUCUGCUUACGAUGGCCAAGAAGGCCCCACGACCUGCUAUGAUGGCCAAUUACUACGAAAAGCUUACGAGGAUUUUCCUCAUGAGUGGCAACGCCCUGUAUCAUGCUGCAGCCUGGGGACGCUACUAUGCUGUCAUCACCGCAAUGGGCGGCAAGUCCCAGGAGGAGCUGCGUCGUUUGGCAGGCCAAGUCCUCGUCAGCGCUCUGGCGGUACCUGUUGGUUCCCAGACUCAGGAUCCUGAGGAUGGCAAGGUUAAGAAUUCUAGGCUAACGGUUCUCCUUGGUCUCCCCAAGGCUCCCACACGUAGGGCGUUACUCGAAGAUGCGCUUUCCCGCAACGUCCUCAAACUUUGCCCGGAGUCCAUCCGGGAGUUGUACAACACUCUGGAAGUGACAUUUGAUCCACUUUCGCUCUGCUCCUCCAUCGCACCUAUUUUUACGACUCUUGCCUCUGACGCAAGCUAUGCCCAAUACCUCCCUCUUCUCCAACGUGCUCUUCUCUCCCGUCUACUCUCCCAGCUUUCUCAAGUAUACUCGUCGCUCAACAUCGCUCAACUUCUCGAGCUGGUCGCUCCUUUGAAGGACACUGCCAUCGAGGGUUCCAAUGCUUUCGGCGAUGAACAGGUUGAGGCGUACAUUAUGGGUUGCGCUCGUCGUCGUGAGCUUCACAUCCGCGUCAACCACGCCGCUGGCAACAUUACCUUUGCCGAUGAUGCCUUCGCCGCUAUUGAGGACCCCAGUUCAUCCUCUAUGGCUAAUAUCGGCGCCAUCCAGCCUUCAACAUCGGACCUUGUCCGUACCCGUCUCAGCGCCCUUGCCACCUGCUUACACAAUUCCAUCGUUACGUUAUACCCUCUGGCUCAGCUUACUGAGGAGCAACAACAGGAGAGGUUUGCCGCCCUUGUCGAGGCUGCCAAAGCCGAACGUAAGGCAUUGCAACUUCGUCGUUCAAUUGUUGCUCGUCGUCGCGAGCUUCUCUCUGAGCUUUCCGUUCGAAAAGAGAGGGAAGAGGCUAGCCGACGCGCUGAGUUCAAUCGUCGUGAAAAAGAAGAAGCGUCUCGCCGACAGGCUGAAGAGGCCAGACGGCGAGAUGUGGAGAGGGCCAAGAAUGAGAUCGAGAAGAUCCGCACUGAGGAGGCUCGCAAGCUUGCGCAAAGUCUUAAGGAAAAGGGUAGUCUCAAGGUUGAUAUCACCGAGAUGGAGAACCUUAGCACUGACAACAUCAUGCGCUUGCAAGUUGAGCAACUCGAGAAGGAGAAGCGGGAGCUCGCCGAGAAGACGCGUAUUGUUUCAAAGCGCAUCGACCAUAUCGAGCGUGCCUACCGCAAAGAGGAACGACCUCUUCUCGCCAAGGACUACGAGCAACAGCAAGCAGAGGACAAGACCGCUCAUGAAGCUGCUCAGAAAACGCGUAUCGAAUCUGCUCGGUUGUCUCAUCAGCAGGACUUGGAGACGAAGAAGCGUCUCUCAAGAAUGUUGGACUUCUAUUACACUCACCGCGAAGUCCUCAUCAGCAAGCGCUCAGAAGAGUUCGCGAAAAGGAAGGAGGCAGCCCAGAGGAAGAUCGAGGAGGAGAAGACCAAGAGGAGAAAGGCAAUCCUGAAGGAGCGCGAAGAGGAGAGGCGACGGCUCGAGGAAGAGGAACGAGUUCGAAGAGAGCAGGAAGAAGAGGAGAGGAGACUCGAAGAGGGUAGGUCAUCUGCGUUUCGUGUUUUUUUUUUUCAUAUGCAGAUCUCUAAUUGUCCUCUUUAGAAAUCCGAGCAGAAGAGGAACGUCGUGCGCACGAGGAAGAGGAGGUACGUUUGGCUGCAGAAGCAAAGAAACGGGAGGAAGAAGAGAAAGUUGCUCUCCUACGAAAGCAGCGCGAGGAAGAACGCCAAGCCGCUCUCGAGAAAGCUCGUCUCCAGCAGCAACGCGAAGAAGAAGCAGAGGCUCGUCGUUUGGCACGUGCUGCAGAACGCGAGAAGGAGAAGUUGCAGCAAACUCAACCUCGCGCCAAUGGCUUUGGCCGAACCACCGACGGAGAGGUGUGGAGGCGACCUUCAGCAAGAGACGUCGCUCCUCCUACGCCUACUCGUGCCGCUGCCGUACUGCCUCCUGCCAGGUCCGAAAGUCCUGCUCCCGUACCCAAGUUCCGACCUGCCGCUGCCGCUGGUGCUGGAUGGCGAGCGAGGGAGGCUGCCAGGAAAGAGGGCGGAGGAGACGUUCCUUCGCGCCCCGAAACACCUGUUUCGAGGCCGGCUCCGAGGGAGGAAACUCCCGCUGAGGACGAUGGCUUCCAGAAGGUCCCUGCUAAGAACGUGUGGCGACCCACGAGGGGCAGGGGUAGAGCGUUGUAAUUCGGUUUUUUUUUCAGUCUACACCAUGUCCUCUUACCUUGCUAUGAAUCGUACUUCUACUUUGCACUUUUAGUCCUCAGAAUAAGUUAUUAUGUUGAGAACAUUGGUACUUUACAGUACUAUUGCAAAGAUGUAAUGAUGCAUGU